UGAAGACCCGGUCCGGUGUCCGUAGGAAAUCUGAAAGGCCCGCUCCUGCUAGCGUCCCCUGCUACCUGUCACCCCACCUUCAGGCAGACGGGUGGCUCACUCGCCUUCUCUGAAAUGGCUCCUGCAGGGCGAGGGCAGCCCCUCUGGGCUCUGCUGCUAGGGGCGUGGGCCAACCUGCCAACAGCUGAUAAGUCAAAGGGGCAGGCUGUGUUAGGGUGCAUUUCACUUUACAAGGAAAAGCUGAGCCUCAAAAAAGUUUAUCACCACCUUCUGGGUUCUACACCCAUGCCCACACUGUUCUGCAUUUUAGAGCAAGCUAGGCUGUAGGGGGCUUCUAUCUCCUCCCCCCUUCAAGUACCCCUACCGAAACUUCCCAACACCUGCCCAAUAGGGCAGAGGCUGGCUGUGCCAGAAUAAGGGACCUUCGCCUCACCCAGGGGACUGAGGCCUAGCCCCACCCCUAUUCCUGCCACUGGGUCUCAGGUCAGGCCCCAGCAGGCCGCCUAGAAUGGGGGUGUGGAACCAGAGCCACCCAAUCCCAUAGGGACAAGUUUCACAACUUCCCGGAUGGGGCUGUGGUGGGUCACAGUGCAACCUCCAGCUAGGAGGAUGGGGUGGCUCCCACUUCUUCUGCUUCUGACCCAGUGCUCAGAGGCCCCUGGACAGCGCUCCCCCUUGAAUGAUUUUCAGGUGCUUCGGGGUACAGAACUGCAGCACCUGCUACAUGUAGUGGAGCCUGGGCGUUGGCAAGAAGACACGGCAGAUGCUGAGGAGUGCGCAAGGCGUUGCAGGUCCCUGCUGGACUGCAGGGCCUUCCACUACAAUGUGAGUAGCCAGGGUUGCCAAUUGUUGCCAUGGACACAACACUCACCUCAUAUACGACUGCAGCAUUCAGGAGGCUGUGACCUCUUCCAAAAGAAAGACUAUGUGCGCACCUGCAUCAUGGACAAUGGAGCAAAGUACCGGGGAACCGUGGCCAUCACCACAGGUGGCCUACCCUGUCAGCACUGGAGCCACAAGUUCCCCAAUGACCACAAGUACACACCCACACCCCGGAAUGGUUUGGAGGAAAAUUUCUGCCGCAACCCUGACGGGGACCCCAGAGGCCCAUGGUGUUACACUACAAACUCUGCUGUGCGCUUCCAGAGUUGCGGCAUCAAGUCCUGUCGGGACGCUGCCUGCUUCCGAUGCAAUGGUGAAGAUUACCGUGGAGCAGUCGACCACACUGAGUCAGGACGUGAGUGUCAGCGCUGGGACCUGCAGCACCCGCACCCGCACCCCUUCGAACCCAGCAAGUUCCUUGACAAACACCUGGAUGACAACUAUUGCCGGAAUCCUGAUGGCUCCGAAAGGCCCUGGUGCUACACCACCGACCCAAAGCUCAAACGAGAGUUCUGCAACAUCCCUCACUGCGGGUCGGAGGCACAGCCGCGCCAAAAAGCCACAACGCUCAGUUGCUUUCGUGGAAAGGGCGAAGACUACCGAGGCAGGGCCAACACCACGGCCGCGGGCGUGCCGUGCCAGCGUUGGGAUGCGCAGUACCCACACCAGCAUCGCUUCACGCCAGAGAAAUACGCAUGCAAGGACCUUCGAGACAACUUCUGCCGGAAUCCUGAUGGCUCAGAGGCACCGUGGUGCUUCACAGCGCGGCCUGGCAUGCGCAUGGCCUUCUGCUACCAGAUCCGGCGCUGCCAGGACGACGUGCGGCCAGAGGACUGCUACUAUGGGGUAGGGAAGCAAUACCGCGGCUCAGUCAGCAAGACCCGCAAGGGUGUCCCGUGCCAGCACUGGUCCGCAGAGGCGCCACACAAGCCACAAUUCACGCCCACCUCUGCCCCCCAUGCUCACCUGGAGGAGAACUUCUGCCGGAACCCUGAUGGGGACAGCCAUGGGCCUUGGUGCUACACUACAGACCCCCUUACGCCAUUCGACUACUGUGCACUAAAGCGCUGUGAUAAGGACCAACCACCAUCCAUCCUGGAGCCCCCAGACCAGGUGCUGUUUGAGAAGUGUGGCAAGAAAGUGGACAGCAAGAGCCUGUGGCAAUCUAAGCUGCGUGUGGUAGGGGGCCAGCCUGGGCGCUCACCCUGGACAGUCAGCUUGCGCAACCGGCAGGGCCAGCAUUUCUGUGGCGGAUCCCUGGUGAAGGAGCAGUGGGUACUAACUGCUCGGCAGUGCUUUUCCUCCUGCCAUGUGCCUCUCCUGGGCUAUGAGGUGUGGCUGGGCACCCUACUUAAGAACCCACACCCUGGGGACCCAGGCCUGCAGCAGGUCCCAGUGGUCAAGAUGGUGUGCGGGCCAUCAGGCUCCCAGUUAGUUCUGCUCAAGCUGGAGAGACCUGUGACUCUGAGCCAGCAAGUGGCCCUGAUCUGCCUGCCUCCUGAGCGGUAUGUGGUGCCUCCAGGGACCAAGUGUGAGAUUGCAGGCUGGGGCGAGACCCAAGGUAUCGGAAACAACCAGGUCCUAAAUGUGGCCACACUGAACGUCAUCUCCAACCAAGAAUGCAACAUCAAGCACCGGGGACGGGUACUCGAGACUGAGAUGUGCACUGAAGGGCUAAUGGCCCCUGUGGGGGCCUGUGAGGGUGACUACGGGGGCCCACUUGCCUGCUUUACUCACGACUGCUGGGUCCUGGAGGGAAUUAUAAUCCCCAAUCGAGUGUGUGCCCGGCGAGGCUGGCCAGCCAUCUUUAUUCGUGUCUCUGUGUAUACAAACUGGAUUCACAAGGUCAUGAGGCUGGGCUAGCCUGGCCUCAACUUCAUGGGCCUUGGGGAGAAUGAAGUUCCUGUCUGCCAUAAAGCCACCUUUCCUAUUCCGCCUGUGCUGGGUGCUUCUUAAUCUGUGCUGCUAAAGAAUGAGCUGGCAAUUCCUGACUAGGGCUUAAACCCAGCGCAUCCUGGGCUGGGUGAUCUAACCCUACCACUGCCUCAGUUUGUGGGUGCCGUGGAAGGGCAGGGAGGCUUCACCGGUGCCCUAGACAUACUGUCAGGCGAGGGGUAAUGCAGAGCUCAAGCUCGCCUGGUGGCCAGGACAGACAGCAGCUGUCCUCUCGAACUGGAGGAAGAU